CAUUUAAGUUUCAUUGCAGUUCAUUGCAAUUCUAAUUUUUAUUUCUAUUAUUUUUUUUAAUAUUUGGUCUCUUUAUCAUCUAUUUUUUUAUCUAAAACUAUAGAAUAAAUAUAAAAUUAUUUCAUGUAUUUAUAAAAUAUUCUAUAAUAUUUAAUAAUUCAUUAUUAUUAUUAUAUUUAUAAUUUUAUUGAAUUUAAUUUUAAUUUCAACUAAACUAAUAUUGAAAUCUUAUUUUGAGCUCAAUCAAUUCAAAAAAAAUUGAAUAUUAAAUGUAUUUAUACUAUACUUUAUCUUUAUUAAAAAAAAUUAAAUACAUAAUGUUAAGUCGAUAAUAUUGGAAAAUGCAUUGAAUAUUAAAUCUAUUUAUAGUUUAUGAUAAACUUGAAAAAAGUAAAGAAUAAAAAGAUUUGUAAAUUUUAUAAUGAUUUCAAAUUUUAUGUUUAUUAAGUAUUUAUCUUCAAUAUUAUAAUUUUUUAAUUUUUUAAUUUUUUAUAUUUCAUAAAUAAUAUAUAUAUAUACAUAGGACUAUAUAAUAAAAAAUAAUUAAUUUAUUAUGAUUAACGAUUACAAAUCUAUCAUUCAAUGGCAUCCAGAAAUGAUAUUAAUUUCUGAAAAACCAAUAACAUGGAAAGGAUUUUUAAAAGUUUCUUGUAAUUCAGGACGAAAUAUGCGAAUUAAAUUAAAAUUAAUUGUAUAUAAUUAUCCAUCAUUAUGCGAUGCUGAAAUUAAUUUUGGUAAAGAAAUUGCAUUCAUACGUAAUAAAGAAUUUAGUGAAAAAGUGAAGAAUUUAAUGCAUAAUGUAAAUAAAAUAUCACCUUUUUUAAAACAAUUACAAUUACUAAUUAGCAAUUUCAUUAACAACAGACAUGUUAUUGAAGAUAAUAGAUAUGAAGCCAUAGAUAAUCAAACAAUGCAAAUGUUAAAAGAAUUAAAAGAUGUACUUGAUACAUCAUCUGGAAUUCAGAUAUUAUCUAAUAAUAGUUUGAGUAUAAUUAAAUUAUCUUUAAAUAAUAUUGCUAUAAAAUUGCAAAGAAUAAACCAUAGGACAUGUUCAUGGACAGUUGUUGAUUCAGAUUUACCUGAAAUACCUGCCUUGGGACCUUUUGAAAAAAAUAUAUCAACAUUAGUUAUAGCAAGGAAUAAACUUAAACUUCAAGUAGAAAUACUUGAAAAAGCAUGGUCAAAUUUAAAACAAAUUGAUGAGAAUUGUUGGAUAUUAGAUCCAUUACAACCAAAACCAUAUCAUCUUUAUCGACGAAUUUAUUUAACACCAUCUUUAUCAUUGUACAUUAAAAUAGAUCCUCUGAACCCUAUGGAUUUACCAGAAAUUACAUUUAUGGGUAGUGAUACAGAAGUUAAAUCAAAAAAAGAAUUGAUUUCUAAGAAAUUACAUAAUUGGAAUCCAAAUCAUGAUAUUUUAAAUAAUUUAAAGAUGUUAUUAGAUAUAGACACAUUUCUCAAAAAGGAAAUAAAUAAAGAAUCUACAGAAGAUAAUAGUGCAAUUGUUGCUGAUGAAGAAUGUUGUAUUUGUUUUUCUCUACAAUUAAAUAAUGAAACUCUACCUGAUAAAAUUUGUAGUAAUGAAAAAUGUAAAAGGCAUUUCCAUACAUCUUGUCUAUUACAAUGGUUACAAGCAAUUGUUGGAAAUCGUGUUAUAUUUGAUCAUAUUCAUGGUUCAUGUCCUAAUUGUCAAGAAAGCAUAUCAUGCUAUAUUAAAUGGUAUAAUAUAAUUAUAAAUUAUAUGAAUAUAUUAAUUUAUUAUUUAAACACAUGUAUAUGUCUAUAAUUCAUGCAUUUUAUCCACUGCUCAACAUAAUUAUUAAAUUGACUAGUGCCACAUAUUAAAAUUAAUGUAGUACUAGCUAUUUUAUUUUUAAGUACUUCAAAAAUUGAUUUUUUAUCUAAUCUUCCAGAUUUUAUAUUUAUACCAUGGAUAUUACAAACAUCUAAAAUAUAAAAUAUAAAAAGAUAUUUUGAAAAGAAAAAAAUUUUUAAAAAACUUAUUAAUAUAAAAAUGUCUGAAUUACUUUGCAUUUGCGAUAUGUGCAAAGUACAUUUGAAAUUCCAAUAAUCUGAUAAGGUUUGUAAUUCUUUUUUUAGAGGAAUCUGCAAUAUAUUUUUAAAUCCUCCAAUAAGAUGAAUCUUUGUCUCUUCUAAUUCAUUUUCUACAAUUGAUUUUGCUAUAUGAUAAACUGCAGUUAUUCCAGAUCCCAUAGAGAACAUAAUAAUUGUCUGAAAACUGAAAAGUAUUUAAUAUCUUUAAAAUAAUUUUAUAUUUUUUAUUAUUAAAUUUAUAUUUUAUUAAAUUAUAACAUAUUGUAUUAUUAUUAAUUUAUAAACAAAGAAGUAAUAAAACAUAUUAAUUUAUA